GACUUGGGCGGAACUUCUCGUGGGAAGUGCGAGCUAUCGCGGGAUCUGUAUUCAAAAAGGCCUGGCGCUACCGGUGAGUGAGUGAACCCGAGUGUAUUCGGUAAAGUGGAGCUACAGUCACGGAUCUGACCUCCUUGAGCCCUCAUCACGAGCUACCGGCUGCAGCCGCAGGGAAAAGGGAUGAAGAAAGAGUAGGCUAAAACCAGAAAAAGAACAUGGAGGCAGAUAUAAUCGCAGAUCUUCGAUGCAAGCUCAAAGAGGUUGAAGAAGAACGACUAAAAGCUGCACAGUAUGGUUUACAACUAGUGGAAAGCCAAAGUGAAUUGCAGAAUCACCUGGACAAAUGUCGUAAUGAAAUUAUGACCAUGACUGAGCAUUAUGAACAAGAAAAAUAUACUCUUCAAAGAGAAGUUGAGCUCAAGAGUCGAAUGUUAGAAAGUCUGAGCUCUGAAUGUGAAGCUAUUAAACAACAACAAAAAAUGCACCUGGAGAAAUUAGAAGAACAACUGAGCAGAACCCAUGGGCAGGAAGUAAAUGAACUAAAAAAUAAGUUAGAAAAACUGAAAGCUGAAUUAGAUGAAGCUAGGCUUAGUGAAAAGCAGCUGAAGCACAAAGUAGAGCAUCAGAAGGAACUCCUGUCUUGUAAAUCAGAGGAAAUGCGGAUAAUGUCUGAACGUGUACAUGAAACCAUGUCUUCAGAAAUGCUGGCUCUUCAAAUCGAGCUGACUGAAAUGGAAAGUAUGAAGUCUACCCUCAAAGAAGAAGUGAAUGAACUACAGUACAGACAGGAACAACUAGAACUUCUUAGUACUAAUUUACUGCGCCAGGUAGACCGACUUAAAGAAGAAAAGGAGGAACGAGAGAAGGAAGCAGUUUCUUACUAUAAUGCCUUAGAGAAAGCUCGUGUAGCAAAUCAGGAUCUUCAAGUGCAAUUGGACCAAGCUCUUCAGCAAGCCUUGGACCCCAAUAGUAAAGGCAACUCUUUGUUUGCAGAGGUGGAAGACCGAAGGGCAGCAAUGGAACGUCAGCUUAUCAGUAUGAAAGUCAAGUAUCAGUCACUAAAGAAGCAAAAUGCAUUUAAUAGAGAACAGAUGCAAAGAAUGAAGUUGCAAAUUGCCACAUUGCUACAGAUGAAAGGGUCUCAGUCUGAAUUUGAACAGCAGGAACGGUUGCUUGCCAUGUUGGAGCAGAAAAAUGGUGAAAUAAAACAUCUUUUAGGUGAAAUAAGAAGUCUGGAGAAAUUUAAGAGUUUAUAUGAAAGUAUGGAAUCUAAAUCUUCAUCCAACUCGGGCAUUCUGGAAGAUAACACCUAUUAUACAGAUUUACUUCAGAUAAAACUUGAUAACUUAAACAAAGAAAAUGAAAGCACUAAAGGCGAACUCUCUAUACAGCGAAUGAAAGCAUUAUUUGAGAGCCAGCGGGCUCUGGAUAUUGAGCGAAAGCUUUUUGCAAAUGAAAGAUGCCUCCAGCUCUCCCAAAGUGAAAAUAUGAAACUGAGAGCUAAACUAGAUGAAUUAAAGCUGAAGUAUGAACCUGAAGAGAAAAUUGAAGUGCCUGUACUCAAAAAGAGGCGUGAGGUACUGCCUGUGGAUAUAACCACUUCUAAAGAUGUAUGUGACAACUGUGCUGUCAGGGAAGAAGUGUAUAGAUUGCCGACUCUGAAAGAGGAGGCACAAUCAUGUUCUAACAAUUUAGAAGAUAACAACCUGCAGUUAGAAAAGACAGUUUCUGUAAACACACCAGUAGUCAGUCUCUCGCCUAACAAAAAUCUAUCAACGAAUAUGCAACCAACGAAGGAAAAGAAAUGUGUGAAACUCACAGGAGUUCCAGCUGACUCUGAAGUCUUAAGUGAAAGAAGUGGAAACACCCCUAACUCUUCCAGGUCAGUGUCCUCUUUUCCUCAAGGCAGCCAGCAGACCUCUCCAUCUCUUCUCUAUCGCUGCAUGAACUGUGCUAUCUGUUUCUUUAUCUAUUUUCUUAGUAUUGCAUGCAGUAUAAUCCCCUAUUUUCACCUGCCUACCUUCAAUUUUUCCAAAACUUUAAGAAAGAAUAAAAUGAUUGUGAGGGGAAAGGACUCCUGAAUAAAGAAAUUACACUUUUAUUAAAGAUGCUUUUCUAUUUCAUGAGACAGAAUUAUCACAGUCUAAUACAUCUCUGAAUGUUUUGUUGGUUUGAGUAAUUGUACUGUUAUUUUUUUUUCCUGGUUCAAGAAAGACAAAUUAACUUACUUUCUAAAAGGGCUUUCUCGUAUUCGAAGGAAUUUGAGCCUUCUAGAAAACUGUUAGGUGAAAUUUUGUAUUGAAAUUGUUUAAUCCUAAACCUUGAAGAAUGGGCUUUGAUACAUAUUUUGAUACUUUUAAAUAUCAAAGCUAAUUCAUUUUCAUUUUACUUCAAAAUUUCAAAGCCUCUAGUUUUGCAUACUUGAGUUUGUGACUAAAGGAGAAAGUAUCAGACUUGUAUGUCUGAAGGAAUUAACAUUUUAAGGGCCUUUUCCUUUUAAAAAAGUAAAAAUAACAGUGGUCAGAAGGUAAGAGAAAGUGAAUGGAAGAGAAAGGUAGGUAACAGUGGCUGAGGCUAUAGUGAAGUAAGAAACAGGUUCUGGGCAUGAACAGCAGGAUCAAUAGUGGGGGAAAAGUGAAUGAGGAAAAUGGAGACAAUAAAAAAAUGAUAAGAGAUGAAGGAUGUCUGUAUGCAAUGGAAUGACAGAUGCGUGUAAAAUAAAUAUCUUUAGACAUUAAAAAAUUAAGCCUAUUGAUAUGAAAAUAGCUAGCUUGGAUUAUCUCCUGUGAAAUGAGAUCUUUGAGGUGCUGCUAGGGCUACAUCAAUUUUACACAGCUACAAAAUGAAACACUUAACUAUUGUGCAUUUGAGUUGCAAUAGUAAGACAUAUCCUACUUUAUGCAUAAAGGCUUCCUUAAGUGUCUUACUUGAAUUCUCUUCAAGUCUUCAGAGCUACUGAAUGUAGCACUAAACAAUGAAAGCACUUCAACAACAUUAGCUGCUAUUACUAUUAUAAGGAAGAGUUCUUUAUCACUCCCUUCCCUGAAGUUUUAUGUAAUCACAUUAUAAUCUACAAGUCACAUAAAAUAAAAGUUUAGUAUUCUCACAGAAAAAGAAACUUUUAAAUGAACAAUACCUGACACACACAUACAUGAUUCCGAAUAGCUCUGAAAUGAAUUCAGCUUGUUAUAUGUUGUUCAUCGUGUUACGUGUACUUGACCAUUGUAUAUUUCUGGAGGCAGAUUUCCAGAAUUGAUUAAUGCAAACUGCAAACCUUUCUAUCUGUGUUGUUUUUAUAUCUUUCUCUGCCUUUUUUUGCUUGGUAAAAAUUACUUUAGCAAAUGUUUGUAGCUACUUGUU